CACCUCUAUUUCUUCCUCAUCUUUCCGGGACCUCCAAGUCUCCCUCCUCCCCCCACCCACCCGGACCUGGUGCGGCGCUCGGCAGGCGGAGGAGACCAGGGUGAGACGGGCAGUGAGUCGCCUCUCCUUUGAUUCCUCGCGGUUCUGCCUGCCCUCGGCUCGGGGUGCUCGGACCUGCAUUCCCCCUCUGGGGAGAACUGGUCCGGACGCGUUCGCGAGUACUUGAUGAGGAGGCUGCUGUGAGGAAACAUCUCCGCGACGCGAGAACAGCUGGUGAGACGAAGUGCCAAGAAAGCUAGAGGCGACCAAAUGGCAACUGACUCCUCGGCUCUGCAAGCUUCCUCUGACUCGAUUGCUCAAAAGAUGGGGUUUUUCAGAGUCCCUGACCUUCUUAUCAAACUGAGCACCAGUUUGAGCGAAUUGGAUGUGGUCCGCAGUCCAACAUCGCCCCUAGACCUCAAGUUCUUCGCAGGCCUUGGUAACAAAUCACCCGGAUCAUCUUCCCUUGAGGCCUGCCAGAACCAGAAGAUCAUGCUUGGUGGCAGGGUUGGUCUUGGACUUGUUGAUUCCCUUGCUGAUGAGAAUCCCACCCCUCUGGGCGGUAGGAAGGUCCUCCUUGGAUCUGAUAUGAGGAUUACUGAUAAUCUAUCCCGCAAGAACAGCUCCACUGCUCCUGUUCAAGCUGGGGAGGUUGAACAGAAGGAUGAUAAUAUGUCUGACGGACUCAAGGGUAGUAUCAUGUCCCUUGAUGACAUUGUCAAUUCAGAGGAUUACACAUGUGUUGUUUCCCGGGGCCCAAACCCUAAAACUACCCACAUUUUUGGAGAUCAUGUUUUUGAGCUUCAAGCUGAGCACCUGAUGCCUGGUGAAAGUAAGGAUAAGGAGAACAUAUCUCCUCUUGUGAAAGAGGGUGCCAUGAGCUUCUGUAGUUUUUGCAGUGAGAAGCUGAAAGAAGGGAGAGAUAUCUACAUCUAUCAGGGUGACAAAGCCUUUUGCAGCACAGAGUGCAGGGAGAAUUUCAUGGAAGAUGAGAUGGAAGAAGGUGAACCCAUGAUAUAUCAGCCUGCACCUCCGAGCAGCUCACCUUUGGACAAUGGCCCUAUUUUCCAACUGAUCUGUUGAGUGAAAUCAGCAACAACUUGAUAUGGUCGUAUCUGAAGUGCUGUCUGAGGUUAAUAAGUUGCAGCCAUGGAUGUGAUCAUGUUUGCGGAGUUGUUGCCUGAAGAUUUUGUUUGUGCGGCGCUGAUGAAUUUACCUCACCUAUUGAUUUCUUUGUUUUGCCUACUUGGAUCCUCAAAUUUUUUGGAGGACUCCGAAGAAUGACGGUACCUCUGGUCAUAUUAUUAUCUUGAUCGGAGAUGGGCGUGUGCGUGUGCGUGUCUGAACUUGAGUUUGGCUGUUUGGACCUCAUUUUCAGUGGCUGUCGGAUGUUCGACGCUUCUGUUACUAUCAUGUAUCUGAACCUAUGUUUUCAGUAUGUAUUUUGGAAAGAAAAUGGUAAACUAUGAUAUCAAUAAAUGUUCUAUUGCUUAA